CUGUCCAGCUGUGGACGACGACGCGAGGCCACUCGAAGCGGCAUUUUGCACCUAACCCCCUAGAGUUAUCGGGAAUCGCAAAGAGGGGGCCAUCUCGAGUGGCUCGCCGGCGGCGGCGGAGGCGGGGAGAGAUGCUGCCCUACGCGACGGCGGCGGAGGCGGAGGCGGCGCUGGGGAGGGCGAUGACGGCGGCGGAGUCGCUGUGGUUCAGGUACUCGGCGGGGAUCCCGGACUACGUCCUCUUCUGGCACAACAUCCUCUUCCUCUUCGUCGUCUUCACGCUCGCGCCGCUCCCCGUCGCGCUCCUCGAGCUCCGCGCGCCGGCCGCCGUGGGGCCGUUCAAGCUGCAGCCCAAGGUGCGGCUCUCCCGGGAGGAGUUCUUCCGCUGCUACAGGGACGUCAUGCGCCUCUUCUUCCUCGUCAUCGGCCCGCUCCAGCUCGUGUCCUACCCUACCGUCAAGAUGGUGGGAAUCCACACAGGGCUGCCACUGCCGUCGCUGGGGGAGAUGGCGGCGCAGCUGCUGGUGUACUUCCUGGUUGAGGACUACCUCAACUACUGGAUCCAUCGGUUGCUACAUGGGGAGUGGGGCUAUGAGAAGAUCCACCGUGUCCACCAUGAGUUCACGGCACCCAUUGGAUUCGCCGCGCCAUAUGCACACUGGGCUGAGGUGCUCAUCCUCGGCAUCCCCUCCUUUGUCGGGCCAGCGCUUGCACCUGGUCACAUGAUCACCUUCUGGCUCUGGAUUGUACUCCGCCAGAUGGAGGCCAUAGAGACACACAGCGGCUUUGAUUUCCCGUUCAACCUGACAAAGUAUAUUCCAUUCUAUGGAGGCGCAGAAUACCAUGAUUAUCAUCACUAUGUUGGACGCCAGAGUCAGAGCAAUUUCGCUUCUGUUUUCACGUAUUGUGAUUAUCUAUAUGGAACCGACAAAGGUUACAGAUACCAUAAGGCGUACCAAGCAAAGAUGAAGGCUCUGGGGCAAACGGAAGGCGAGAAAGCAGAUAGCAAUGGAUUGAGCUACGCGAAGUUGGAUUAAACUGUCCUAUAUAUAGCCAAAAUCUGGAAUGCCUCCCUGGUCAUUUUGUUCGUUACGGCUUGUGUAGUGUUUUGAUUUUGUUUCGAUUUCUGUAGUAGUGUCGUGCUGCUGUGCCUUUUGUUUUUGUGGCUGUGACUUGUGAGCAUCCAUGGAACUUGUUACGCUGACCAAUAACAUUGUGACUCGGGUAGUCUUUAUGUGGUUUGCGCUCAACUUGAAAGAGUCAGAACCAAUUGCUGUAUAUGUUUUUUUUUUGGGUGAAAUAUGCGCUGUAGAAGCAAA